CUGGGGGCUCUGGGAAGCCAGGGAUAUUCCGAGGGAUAUUUGGCAGCACACUCCCAAGCAAAGUCAAGGAGGUUGGGGGAGGGGGCGCAGUGGGAGGAGGGAUAGAAGACAAAAGCCGAAGGCGAGGAGUGCCCGGCCGAACACUCGGGCCAUCGGUGCCGGUUGGCUGCAAUACACGGGGGAUCCCGGUCGGUAGUCAGCAUGGGCAAGGGGGGGAACCAGGGAGAGGGGGCCCCUGAGCGCGAGGCGCCGAUGCCCACCUUCAGCUGGGAAGAGAUUCAGAAGCACAACCUGCGCACGGACAAGUGGCUCGUCAUCGACCGCAAGGUCUACAACAUCACCAAAUGGUCCAGCCGGCACCCAGGAGGCCAGCGGGUCAUCGGGCACUACGCGGGGGAAGAUGCCACGGAUGCCUUUCGCGCCUUCCACCGGGACCUUGACUUCGUGCGCAAGUUCAUGAAGCCCCUGCUGAUUGGCGAGCUGGCCCCGGAGGAGCCCAGCCAGGACCGGGGCAAGAACUCCCAGAUCACCGAGGACUUCCGGGCCCUGAGGAAGGCUGCCGAGGACAUGAACCUGUUCAAGAGCAACCACCUGUUCUUCCUGCUGCUCCUGGCCCACAUCAUCGUCAUGGAGAGCAUCGCCUGGUUCAUCGUCUUUUACUUCGGCAAUGGCUGGAUUCCAACCAUCAUCACAGCCUUUGUCCUUUGUACCUCUCAGGCCCAAGCUGGAUGGCUGCAACACGAUUAUGGCCACCUCUCUGUCUAUAAGAAGUCUACGUGGAACCACAUCGUCCACAAGUUCAUCAUUGGCCACUUAAAGGGCGCCUCCGCCAACUGGUGGAACCAUCGCCACUUCCAGCAUCACGCCAAGCCCAACAUCUUCCAGAAGGACCCAGACGUGAACAUGCUGCACGUAUUCGUCCUGGGCGAGUGGCAGCCCAUCGAGUACGGCAGGAAGAAGCUGAAAUACCUGCCCUACAACCACCAGCAUGAGUACUUCUUCCUGAUCGGGCCUCCGCUGCUCAUCCCCAUGUACUUCCAGUACCAGAUCAUCAUGACCAUGAUCGUCCGAAAAGACUGGGUGGACCUGGCCUGGGCCAUCAGCUACUACGUCCGCUUCUUCAUCACCUACAUUCCCUUCUAUGGCAUCCUGGGCGCGGUCCUUUUCCUCAACUUCAUCAGGUUCCUGGAGAGCCACUGGUUCGUGUGGGUCACGCAGAUGAACCAUAUUGUCAUGGAGAUUGACCGAGAGCCCUAUCGUGACUGGUUCAGCAGUCAGCUGUCAGCCACCUGCAAUGUGGAGCAGUCCUUCUUCAACGACUGGUUCAGCGGGCAUCUCAACUUCCAGAUCGAGCACCACCUCUUCCCCACCAUGCCACGGCACAACUUCCACAAGGUGGCCCCGCUGGUGAAGUCCCUGUGCGCCAAGCAUGGCAUCCGGUACCAGGAGAAGCCGCUGCUGAGGGCCUUGCAGGACAUCAUUAGGUCCCUGAAGAAGUCUGGGGAGCUCUGGCUGGAUGCCUACCUGCACAAAUGAAGCUGUAGCGCUCGGGUGCCCGUGGGGGAGGGGGAGCAGGUGGGGACGAUGGCCAAAGGGAGGGGUGGGUUUUUGUCCUGAGGGGUGUCCGCAAGGCUGGGGUACAUGCGAGCUCACUGGUCCCAUUUUUGGUCUUUUCCUGGUUUCCUCUCAAGUUUUCUUUCACUUCGACCUCCAAUACCCAUUAUGGGGCCUGCCUUCUGUCAGGCCCUCCCCGCCGGGAGCUGAGAGAUUGGGGGCUCCGUACCACCUCCACCCUCUGCCCCUAAACAUCUGCUAGAUGAGGGGUCCAGAAAUGCGUUUGGACCCCCUGCAGCCUGGCCUUCGGGCCUCAUACUCCGUCUGUUCUCCCUGAGCCCCCAGUGUAGUCCAAGACGCUGGGUCACAGUGGGCAAGGUGGCUCCCUGACCCUGCAGGCCUGGCUCCGCCCUCGACAGCACCCACGGUCUGCCCUCCGUAGAGAGAUGCUUUGUGAUUUCAGGCUACCAGCAGCUCAGACCUCUGACUCAGAAAAAUGUCCUCCUCACUCCCCUGGAACCCUCUGACCAGGGCUGGGGCACUUCCGUCCCUCUGUCUUCCACACUCUUCCCACCUCCAGAGCCAGGACCUCGGGCCCAGGGGGCAGUCCUGUGGGUGGCCUCUGCAGAGGCUGGGGCGCAGGCCAGGGUCUGGAGUCUCAGCCCCAGCACCCACCCCAUUCAGAUGUCUGUCCUGGUUGGGAGGCUUCGAAUUAGGGGCACGCGAACCUUUCUCCAAAGUGCUCUUUUGCCUGCCGGGCGGCCAUGUCUGCCGCUCUCUCAUGACUUUCACUGUU